AUGAAGUUCCGGGCUCUUAUUUUGACGCGUGGUCAGCGGAUGUCGGGCCCGUGAGCGAGAGCUGCUUCGGCGGAUCGCAGAAUCUUGUCAGAUUAACCCGAGAUCGAUAUUAGAGCAGGAAUGAUCGCGCAGCCGCGAGCACGAGCACUUUAAACUCAUCUGCAGUGUCCGGUGGGGUCAUGGCGUCAGGUUCGGAGGCCGUCCACUACAUCCACCUCCAUAACUCCAGUCAGUCUGUGCUGGAGGCGCUGAGGUCUCAGAGGCGUAAAGGUCUGUUCUGUGACGUGACGGUGCGCAUCCACGACGCGUCUCUGCGCGCUCACGCCUGUGUGCUGGCGGCCGGCAGCCCCUUCUUCCAGGACAAGCUGCUGCUGGGUCACUCGGAGAUCUCUGUGCCGCCGCUGGUUCCUGCAGAGACGGUCAAGCAGCUGGUGGACUUCAUGUACAGCGGCUCGCUGGUGGUGCUCCACUCACAGGCGCUCUGCAUCCUCACCGCCGCCUCCAUCCUGCAGAUCAAGACCGUCAUCGACGAGUGCACACAGAUCAUCUCUCAGAGACGCGCCGCUGUGGCUGGAGCCGUGGGGGCGCUGGGGAGCGCACUGCCCAAACAAGAGGAGGGCGGAGAGGGCAAGGACCAGGAGAACGUGGCGCUGCAGGGCUUCACUUACAGCAUGGGCGGAGACUGCGGCCCAGACAUGGCCGCUGCGCUGGGGGGCGGAGCUCAGGGGGAGGGCGGCGGCCUGGAGGGGGGCGGGGUCGGCUCACUGAUGCCCCUUGGUGAGGUGGGAGGCGGGGCCAUGUGUAGAGGGGAGGGUCUGGGUGUGACAGGGGGCGGGGCCAUGUGUAGAGGGGAGGGUCUGGGUGUGGCGGGGGGCGGGGCCACCAGCUGCUCACAGGAGAUCAACUACAUGCUGAACCCGGAGCGCGGUGCGAAUGUGAGCGCGCAGAACAUCGCCGCCAACGAGCGCGGUCACAUGGGAUCUCCGAGCGGCUUGGGCCUGGAGCUGGUGGAGCGGUUCAGUGAAGACGACGAGAGAGACGCUCAUGAUGUGGACCGAGACAGACAGACGGCGCACACACGCAAACAGAGACAGCCGCUGAGACUGCAGGUGCUGGGUGGAGAGCAGGUGGUGGUGAAGAACGAGGGCGUGCAGGACGGGGACACUCUGUUUGAGAUGGACGAGAGAGGAAACACAUCGCAUCAACACACCUACACACAGGGGGGGUUCUACGAGGACUCGGCCGUGUUCUCGAGCGGUUUCUGGUCUCAGGCGGAUCCGCAGGCGUCUCUGGGCUCAAACCCUCGCGGUCGGGGUAACAAGCCCCUCUCUCCUCCAGCGCCGGGCUCCCAGAACCUCAACAGUCAGAUGCUUUUCCAGUUCCCUGCCAGCGAAUCACAGCAGCCCUCCUUCUUUGUGGGCGGACCCAUGGUGAUCGACAACCUGGCUGAGUGCCAGCAGGCUCCGCCCCCUGCCUCCCUGACCCCGGCCCCGCCCCCCUCCACCCCAGCAUGCCUCGCGGGGACGAGCUUCACCCCACAGGGCUCCGAGACGUCCUUCGACUGCAGUCACUGCGGAAAGUCACUGCGCUCCCGCAAGAACUACAGCAAGCACAUGUUCAUCCACUCCGGUCAGAAGCCGCAUCAGUGCAGCAUCUGCUGGCGCUCGUUCUCUCUGCGUGACUAUCUGCUGAAGCACAUGGUGGUGCACACGGGUGUGCGUGCGUUCCAGUGCUCCGUCUGCAGCAAGCGCUUCACGCAGAAGAGCUCUCUGAACGUUCACAUGCGCACACACCGGGUGGAGCGCACCUUCACCUGCAGCGUGUGUCACCGCGCCUUCACCCACCGCACACUGCUGGAGAGACACGCCCUGCAGCACCACACGCCCCCCAAACCACCCACCAAUCAGCUGCAGCAGGGCGGGGCCAGCGCACCCGGCUCCGCCUCCUAGAGACGAGUGAGGAGAGGAGAAACAAUCAGACUGAAUCCCAGGAGCUUUAACACACACACACACACACACACACACACUCUCUCUCUCUCUCUCUCUCUCUCUCACACACACACUCUCUCUCUCUCUCUCUCUCUCUCUCUCUCUUCCUUUCUUCCUUCUCUAACCCAGAUAACCUCACACACACACAUAAAUAAAUAAAUAAACAAAUAAACACACACACACACUCUCUCUCUCUCUCUCUCUCUCUCUCUCUCCUCUCUAACCCAGAUAACCUCACACACACACACACACUCUCUCUCUCUCUCUCUCUCUCUCUCUCUCUCCUCUCUAACCCAGAUAACCUCACACACACACACACACACACAGACCUCAUCGAGCGCCUCACACUGCGGUCAGGCCCAGUUCUGCGUGUGAGGUGUGUUUCAGUGUUUGAUGUGUUGUACAUGUCUUCAUGACCUCAUCAGAGACCUCAGUGACCUCAGGACCAGAAGAGCGCACUUAUUACCUCCAUCUUUAUUUCAGCAUCAACCUCCAUUUCUACAUUUUGUAUCAAGUAUAUUCGUAAAUGGUAAUGCUCUUUUUCAGGUGAACUGAUGUGUAAGAGUUGUAUGUGCUGUCUGCUCUGCUUGGGUUGGUAUCUAGCAUGUGCUCGCUUCACGCUGCAUGAAGAUGCAUUAAAUGCAUUGUGACGAC